AUAGCGGUAACUGCAUAAUGCAUUAUAAAUGAUACUUCACUGCCUUCCUUUUCGCAUAAGUUAUAGGCUUAUAGAAACAUUUAACCAAACAUGGAACGACCCUCGCUGUUGUCCGCAACACAGCGCGCACUCCUAAUGCUUUUAGCAGCUACUGGUAUGGCAGCGUAUGGACUCUUAGGGAUAUUCACAAAACCACUGCUAUCUCGCAUCCGUCGGCUGCCUGGUCGGCUACGUCCUUCAAAAGCUUCGCAAGAAGGGCGCGGAACACCGCUGGGCCAUAUCGUCGCUCGAUGCGAGGCGCGUUGGCUUCUAGAAGACCUGCAGAUGGCACUACAAGGCGACCCUGCAGCCAUGCGGCGUGUGGGGGACUUGUUGACUGCCGGUUGCGGAGUACGACAGCACAGCCAGCAGGAAGCGGCCGCCUGGGCCCGACACGCUGUGGCCCUCCAAAACUAUCAGGAGCCGCCUCAGCCACGUCCUUCAUCAGCAGCUGCUGCUGCCGGCGCCAGGGAGCAGCAGCAGCAGCCCCUGCAGGGGCCCCUGGCGGGGGGCAUCAAGCCCUGCAUCGGCAGCAUUGCCAACAUCGGCAGCAGUCGCAGUAGCCAUGUUCUAAACGGCGGUUGUGGCGGUGGCGGCAGUAGCAGCACGUAUGACAGCGAAGAGGAGGAGCCCUCAUCGGAAGCUGAGCAGGACGGCGAGGAGGAGGAAGGAGGAGAGCUAGGGUUCAGGGUUCUGGCAGC